AUGAAGGCUCUCAAUCGGAUAGUGGGAGGCUUUUGGUCCUUUGCCCUCGACCUUGUCCAGGACACUCAAGGAGACGUUAGUGCUGUGUUUAGUGCUUGCCAGAUGAAGCUCGGUAUCGGACAUACAGUCAGCGCGGCGGUCGCGUUGGGAGCCGCUGUGAGCGUGGCGCAAUGCCCCGAUUAUACCACGUAUUCGCAGACUCCUCAAGGAGAUCCGUCUUCGGGGCCACUAGCGUUGCCAUACAUGAGGCCAGUGCCUGCCUGCCGUACAUUCAACAGCUCCGCAGUCGAGGAUGUGAUCAGUAACAUGACAUCACGCAUGAAGGAUCCUGAUCUUGCCCGAUUAUUCGAGAAUACGUUUCCGAACACACUGGAUACGACGAUCAAAUACUUUGACGCAACCGAAAAUAUUGCAUUCGUCAUUACCGGGGACAUUACGGCGCAAUGGCUUAGGGAUACCGGCAACCAGCUCGCUCAAUAUUACCCAAUUCUCUCCGCUGACCCUGACCUCGCCACUCUCAUCAAGGCAAUCAUCAAUAACGAAGCUCGAUAUAUCACCCAAUACCCGUACUGCAGCGCGUUUCAGCCUCCUCCGGAGAGCGGACUUAGCCCAUCAGUAAAUGACUGGGCGAUUGAUGUGCUUGUGAACCCGCCGGUCGACAAUCAGACAGUGUAUGAAUGCAAGUGGGAACUUGAUUCGUUAUGCUCAUUCAUGAAGCUUUCGAGGUCCUAUUAUCAAGCGACCAACGAUUCCUCCUUCAUGAAUGACAACUGGUAUUCUGCUAUUGAUCAAAUCUUUAGUGUCAUAUGGGAACAAUCACAGGCAACCUUCGAUCAGGACUGGAAUUUGGUAUCAUACUACAACUGGACUGGUGAAGCAGGUUCUCUCGCAGGGGCUGUGAAUAACGGUGGCAAUGGCGAACCCAAAGCAUACACAGGACUGGUUGGUACUUCUCAUAGGCCAUCAGAUGACCUCAGCACUUUCGGUCAGUCUACUUUCGCUUCAAGGCGUAAGCAGUUCUUCAUCAAAUACCCCACAGCAUUCUUGACCUCCGGUAAUGCCAUGCUGGUCGUGGAACUCAACAAUUUAGCGGAGAUCCUUGAUGAAACAGGCCAGGCGAGCAACAUCAGCCAACUAGCUCGAAACUAUAGUGAAAUUAUCACAGAUGCUAUUUGGGAUCAUACGUUGGUGAACAAUAUAUUCGCUUAUGAGACCAAUGGCUUCGGGGGGAGAUACGUCAUGGACGAUGCCAAUGUACCAUCGCUUCUUUCGCUGCCCUACCUUGGCUUCUUGGACAAAUAUCACCCUGCAUAUGUUACCACACGCCAAUUACUCAUGUCCCGAGGAAACCCGUACUAUGUGGUAGGCAAAAACUUUAGUGGUAUAGGAGGACCCCAUGAGGAUGCUUGGAACCCAUGGCCUAUGGCACUCGUAUCCGCAAUUUAUGGUACAGACGACGAUGGUGAGAUUAUGGAGAAUUUGUAUAUGAUCGCAAACAAUACCGCUGGGCUGGGGCUUAUCCACGAGUCUAUCGACAUCUAUGAUGGGUCAUAUACGCGACCUUGGUUUGCAUGGGCAAACAGCUAUUUCGCGGAGAUGUUGCUCGACCUUGCUAGCCGGAAACCACAUCUUAUUUUCACUAACAACGAGCCUUACGUACCAGGAUUGUAG